GCAUUUUGGUUAGUGAGUGAGUGAUCUAGGCUAAGCCUUAUACAGACAGUUUUUAACUCCUGGAGUUCACGAACUAAAACAGCUUCCCUACGUUGCUGUCCAAUUUAAAAGUCUUGGAACAUGUUAACCAGGAUAGGAUCACCUAGCACUCUUUCAGUCCUUAGUGGCUCAGCAGACCACCUAGCCUUCCCAGACCUCUUCCUAAGCUGCUUACGCCUAGCCCCAGAGUUCUCAAAACCUUUGACGUCUUCUUCAGACUUCUCGGUGUUCCAUUCAGCUUCAUGCUCCUCCGCCAUAGUCGUCUGGUCCAGCCUCAUCGCCGUGUAUUUGUAAAGCAGUCAUUUUUGUACCCGGUGUAUCCAGGCUUAGACAACACAACUUUCAAAUGUCCAGUGUCCCUCUUCAACACCCAGUUACUGACAAUCAUGGUUUGGCCCACAUUAGGCCUAAUUAGUCCAAGCAGGUGUGCUCACCUACAUAAAGCCCUCAGUCCCUUCCUGACUCUUUUAGCCACACCUUCAGAGCCAUGGUGAGUGAGAUGUUACAAUUUGUUUGUUGAGCCUUUUCACUAACACUGUUGAAUGUUUGUAGUGUGUCCAUGUUGAGCUUGUGUGUCCAUGUUGAACAAAUGUGCCCGGUUUGAGAGGAAGCCAAAGGCGGAGACUGGAGCGGACAGCGCCAUCCUGCCCUCUCAUCUGCGACCUUUCCACAGCCGGGAAGAGUACAGGCUGGUGAGGCAGACUCACCAGCAGCUGCUGCACAGUUCUUACUACUGGGGACCCUUGUCCAUGGUGGAGGCACACAAGACUUUGGCCCAUUCAUCACCAGGAACCUUCCUCAUCAGAGACAGCGGGCAGCCGGACGUCUUCUUCACGCUGAGCUACCAGAGCGCCGUGGGCCCAGUGAGCGUCCGUGUGAUGCUGGACAAGCUGCUCUUCUCUCUCUACGGAUGCCAAAAGACUUUCCCCUCACUCUUCGCCCUGCUGGCGUUUUACAACAAGUUGAGCCGCCCACACCGCAGGCAGCGGCCAGAGCUCCUCAAGCAGAUGUGCAGGCGGGCGUUGGUACGGACGUAUGGCGCAGACAAGGUGAGGACCUUGCCGGGACUCAGCAUGGAGGUGAAAGACUACGUCCUGGCCUAUCCUCAUGCUAUAUAAUAAACACGGAUUGAGUCUUCUCAAUCCUGAACAUUUUUUUUUCAUUUUUUUGUUUUCCUGAAUGUAUUUAUUUUUCUAUUUAAUUAGAGUGUAUUUUUACCCUAGACAUUUAUGUGUUAUUUUUAUUUCUUUUUUUCCAAUUUUUAGGAAUUUGUGUUGAAUAUUUGCACUCUGUUGUGAGAACACGCUAAAUAAACGAGACGUUUACAGGUUUUUAAAGUGCUUACAAUCGCCACAGGAGGGAAGAAUAACCCUGUUGGUGGCGUGAUAGGACGGCGGCGUUGUGCGCGUGCGCGUUCCAAGAUGGUUUUUCCUCUUAUGACUUUUCUUAUCACACUCAUCAGAAACAUUCAAUUUUAUUUGAAAGAAAUGUCAUUUAAAUGGAAAUUGUACAAAACAAAUGUAUUUUAAUGUAUUUUAUUUUGGUAAACAGGAUGUAUUCACAGGAUGUUUCCGGGUGUGUCCCACUUCUCCAUGACGAACACGCUGGUGUUAACUUUGCUGCGGUACGGUAAUAAAUUAUUACUAAUAA